CAUCGCCCUCCCAGCUCCCCGCAGCGGCCGCCGUCUCAGCCGCGCUCCGCAGCACCGCCACCAUGGGGAACCCUAGCUCCGUCCCACCGGUGUUGCUGCUUUCCGUUGUGACGACUCCUCCGCGUGCGCUGCCUCCGUUGCCACCGCCUCCUGCAUCAGGAAGGAUUUCUUCGUUGCCGUUGCCGCCGUCCGUACCCGUGCCCGCGCCUGCCACGAGGACAUCGUCACCACCAUUAACUGCUGGUCCUUCUCCAUCUUUGAGGUCUGCUGCCAUGUCUAUGAUCUCGUCUUCAACCGCCGCCGCCGUGGUCACAGCACAUCGAGAGGCAAUCUGGGAAGGGGAGAGGAGGAAGCAACCACAGACUAUGCCCGUGCCCACUGCUAGCACGAGGAAUCAUCACCUCCGUCGUCUGCUGAUCCUCCUCCACCGUCAUCUUCAGCCACCACCGCCGUCGCGGCAAAUUGGGAGGCAAUCAGGGAAGGAAAGAGGAGGAAGCAAGCACAGACCGAGGGGAUGAUAUGUUAUCAGUAGGAAAGCGUAAGGUCUCUGCGGUGAAGUGGACAAAGGCACAAACGCAAAGCGAUUCAAGUCACCAACAGUGCCGGUGUCACCACUAGUACCUGCAAGGUCAACUGGGAUCAGGAUGUUGCUAUCCCCAAGGAUCAUGUCCCCAUCAACAGAAUUGCCAAGCUCUCCACAAGAAUCCCCAAUAUCUCAUUUUAUCAGCAAAAGAAGUCGUAUCUCGGGAUAGAUAGUAUUAGAAUCUAUUGCCACUUAAUAUUUCUGCAGUAGUUAAAUCUUUUCAUGACAUCAAUAAUUUUGCAGUAGUUAAAGUAGUUAAAUCUUUGAAAUCUUAUUAUAGGGUCUUCAAACUUACCUCACAUAUAUGGCAAGAAUUUGAGCCAAUAUAUGAAAAUAGGAUGGUAGUAGAAGCUCAAUGCAUCCAUUGCAAUCAAAUAUUCAAAGCUAAUAGAGAUAGUGGAACAAGUGCUUGUGGUAGAUACAUGAAGACUUGUAAGGGGAAAGCUAAAUUAGAUCAUAUGAUCUCUCAAUUGAGUUCUGGUGUGUCCUUGCCUGAUGUAUCUUUGAAAGA